AUGUUCUCAAUCGAGGGUGACCAUGACGCCUUGGAUGAGAGUGAUCGUCUGGACAAGGAAUGGUAUGAGAGUUUACUGGAGACAGACACGCAACAAGUCAUCUCCCGCUUCGUCGCGAAGCACCGAAAGGGAGUUCCCACAGAGGUUCGCGCUUUAGAAGCUGGUGGACUCAAUGCUUUACUCCGCGUUCAGUUUAUAGAUGGCGCUUCGGCUGUGAUACGAUUUACAAAGCCUGGAAAGACUAUGUUUCCAGAGGAAAAGAUUCGAAUCGAAGUCGCCACGACAAGAUCACACAUUCCAGGCUUGUCGAAAGACAUCGCGCCAGUCCUAGACCCAAAUAUUGACGAAACGAAACUCGAAGGUCUAUAUCGCCAGGUGUCAGGUGUUCUGCUACAGCUCUCAAGAUUGGAAUUCCCUUUGAUAGGGGCUCUAGAAGAAAUUGAUGAAUGGCAGUGGGAAGUGCGAACCCGCCCGCUGUCGAUGCCACUAAAUGAGCUGGUACGAAGAGGGACUUUUCCCCGGGCAAAGCUGCCUGCCGGCUCCUUUCAGAGCUCAUCGAAAUACUUUGAGAGUCUCGCAUCACUACACGUUGACCACCUCUUUCAUCAAAGGAAUGACGUCGUCGAGUCAGAGACCGAUUGUCGGCGCAAAUACACGGCAAGGAAACUCUUCCAGAAACUUGCCAGGGAGAAGAAACUUAUCCCAGACAGUCACGGGCCUUUCAAGUUUUGGUGCGACGGUUUGCGACCGUCUAAUAUCCUCCUCAAUGAUCAAUUGGAGAUUGCAGCCGUGAUUGACUGGGAAUUUUCUUACGCCGCCCCGUGCGAAUAUACAUAUUCUCCUCCUUGGUGGCUACUAAUCGAGCGGCCCGAAUUCUGGCAUGAUGGACUAGCAGACUGGACUGAAAAGUACGAGCGCCGGCUGAAAACCUUCUUAAAGGUCAUGACGGAAACCGAGGACGCUGGCAUCGCCGCUGGGCAGCUCCGUGAGGACCAGCGACUUUCCAGGAGGAUGCGCGAGAGCUGGGAUAGCGGCGAGUUUUGGACCGUCUAUGCAACGCGAGAAAGCUUCGGGUUUGACGACGUGUACUGGGCGAAGCUGGACCAUCAGUUCUUUGGGCCGCACGAGGGAAAGCUGGAGGAUGCAUGGAUGCAUAGAUUGGGGCUGCUGGAUGAGCAAACGAGAGCGGGCAUGGAGCCUCUCGUAGCGAAGAAAUUGGAGGAAAUGAAGACUCGGCAGUUGGCAUGGGAGCCAGACGAAUGA